UCAAAGAAAAGUCAAUUUCCUUCACGGGCAACAACAAUGGCACCCUUCCAGUUCAAAAGUUCCCACAUGAUCACGUAUGUACUCUCUAGAAAAUUGAAAGAAAGAAAGAAAAGAGAAUCACCACAACUCUUUACAAUUUAAUUGUAUUAUUCACCACCCAAAAAGGAAAAGAAAGGAAAUGCAAAGGCUCUUUUUCUUCUUCUUCAACUUGGAAAAAAACACUUACCUUUCAUUUUAGUGUUGUAGUACAAGAUUCUUUAAACCCUUUUUUGGUCUGAAUUUUGGGUGAUUUUCUCGAGCUAUGUCUAUCGAUUCGAGUUCAGCUGAUCAUGGUAACAUAAGAGGAGUUCCAACUCAUGGUGGUCGAUAUGUGCAGUACAAUGUGCAUGGUUCUCUCUUUGAAGUUUCAAGAAAAUAUGUUCCUCCUAUUAGACCUAUUGGUCGUGGAGCUAAUGGAAUGGUUUGUGCUGCUAUGAACUCGGAGACACGUGAGGAAGUAGCUAUUAAGAAGAUUGGGAAUGCAUUUGAUAAUGUUAUAGAUGCCAAAAGGACAUUAAGAGAGAUAAAGCUUCUCAGUCACAUGGAUCAUGAGAAUGUAAUUGCAAUUAAAGAUGUUAUAAGGCCUCCUCAAAAGAAGAAUUUCAAUGAUGUGUACAUUGUUUAUGAACUGAUGGACACUGAUCUUCAUCAGAUUAUUCAUUCCAACCAACAGCUCACUGAUGAACACUGUCGACAUUUUCUGUACCAAGUAUUGCGAGGACUUAAGUACAUUCACUCUGCCAAUAUCUUGCAUCGCGAUUUAAAGCCGAGCAAUUUGCUUGUGAAUGCAAAAUGUGACCUAAAGAUUGGAGAUUUUGGGCUAGCAAGGACGACAACUGAGACAGAUUUCAUGAUGGAGUAUUGUGUAACACGCUGGUAUCGUGCUCCAGAGUUGCUACUAAAUUGUUCAGAAUAUACGUCGGCCAUUGAUAUUUGGUCAGUAGGCUGCAUACUUGGUGAAAUAUUGACAAGACAACCCCUUUUUCCAGGCAGAGAUUAUGUACACCAGUUGAGACUUAUCACUGAGCUUAUAGGCUCACCUGAUGAAGCCAGUCUUGGGUUUCUCCGGAGUAAUAAUGCCCGGAGAUACGUUAGACAGCUUCCAAGGUACCCAAAGCAACAAAUUUCUGCCAAAUUCCCUAAUUCAUCUCCUCGAGCUGUAGAUUUGCUUGAAAAGAUGCUCAUCUUUGAUCCAAGCAGGCGUAUUACUGUUGAUGAAGCUCUGAGUCAUCCGUACUUGGCACCUCUUCAUGAUAUCAAUGAGGAGCCUGUUUGUCCAAGGCCUUUCAGUUUGGAUUUUGAGCAGCCAUCCCUCACUGAAGAUAAUAUCAAGGAGCUCAUCUGGAGGGAAGCUGCAAAAUUUAAUCCUGAUCCAACUCAUUGAAAGAAAUGUGGUUAUAUGAUGUAAAACAAUAAGCGUUUGGUUUGGUUAGCUUUCUCUAAUAUAGUGUAUUAGACUAGUAAUGUUCCCCACUGAAGAUGACUGAAUAAAUACGGUGGAGCUCUUGAGUUCAAGAAAUUGUUAGUGGCUUAAAGUCAGAUACUUAUUCCCUUAUUAUGUUUGGUUUAUUGGUAUUGUAUGAAGAAGCUAAAGAGUAGCCUGCGAUCAGAUGGUUCUAUAUACCGACUCCUCCUUUGAUGCCUGAACAUUUCACCUGUUCAAGUGGUUUGACAUAACAUGGAAAUUGUUCAUGUGAGAAUGGACAGUGAGCGGAUGAGUUUUGAAGUUGUAUGCCUAUUUAUAAAAGGUGCCAGGAUUAUGGAAUGGCU